GAGGUGUGGCUUCGAUAUCAGACAGUUUCCCCGUCAUUUGUAGAUUUCUGACAUUCAAUUUUCACUCAUCGUGAAAAGGGAAUGGCUUGCAUGGUUUCCUUUGGCAAAUCCUUGGGUGGCACUUGAAAUGUAAACCUUUCAAAUGCAUCGAUUUCCGGGCAUAUCGGGCACUGCACUUAAAUUUCAUCCUGUUCUUUAGAAAUCGACUUGACUUGCAUCACACGUCUUUAGGAAAGUGGUCAAUUACUUGAUCUAAUAGGUCGGUCUCAUUAUGUACCACCUUGAUUUAAAUGUAUUUCAAUGUUUAAGCCCCUAUAGCAAUAAGUCUGUUUUUUUUUUGGCCAAAGAUUGCACUAUUAAAGCAAUUUCACCCAACUGACAGCAUUCUUGCAUACAAAUUAGUUUUUGUGUUUAACCACAAGAUCCCUCCUUUUUCAAAUUCGGUUGUUUUUGUUUGGUGUUCUUGCAGUGCUGCUCUAGAUAGCUAUAAAAGCUCUGAUUCGUUCAGCAACCGGCAGUAGACAUUGAGCAGCGUGCAAAAAAUCGUGAAUAAUCAAAGGAAUUUUUUUCCGUGUGACUUGUGAUUUCCUAAAGCCAACAUCAAUUUUGAAGCUAAACAUCAAAGAAAAAAAAAUUAGGAAAUGGAUAGUGAAGAAUUCCGCCAACGUGGCAGGGAGAUGGUAGAUUACAUCAUCGAGUACAUGGAAACAUUAGGCGAAAGACGAGUAACUCCGUCCAUUGAGCCGGGCUAUCUGCGUGAAUUGAUCCCUAAGAAUGCACCGAAUAAAGGUGAAAAGUGGAAGGAAAUUAUGUCUGAUGUCGAAACUAAAAUCAUGCCUGGCGUGGCCCACUGGCAGCAUCCGCGGUUUCACGCCUACUUUCCGUCGGGUAAUUCGUUCCCUUCUAUUCUCGGUGAUAUGCUGUCUGAUGGCAUUGGAGCAAUUGGUUUCUCUUGGGCCGCCAGUCCGGCAUGCACGGAAUUGGAGACCAUCGUCCUAGACUGGCUCGGUCAAAUGAUUGGUCUUCCUCAGGAGUUUUUAUCCUUUUCAGACGGCAACAGCAAAGGUGGUGGAGUCAUGCAGUCAUCAGCUAGUGAAUGUGUGCUGGUAUCUCUCCUAGCUGCUCGUGCUCAGAAAAUCAAAGAACUUAAAGUUGUACAUCCAUUCACCGAGGACGGUGUCCUGCUAUCCAAACUAGUCGCCUAUUGUUCAAGAGAGGCUCAUUCGUGCGUAGAAAAGGCUGCCAUGAUUGCCUUUACAAAAUUACGCAUUCUAGAGGCAGAUGAGGAUUUGAGUUUGCGCGGUGCUACAUUAGCCAAGGCCAUAGAAGAAGAUCGAGCUUUAGGUCUGGUCCCAUUUUUCGUCUCGGCUACGUUGGGAACUACUUCAUGCGUCUCGUUUGACAAUCUGGCCGAAAUCGGUCCAGUUGCGAAAGAGGCCGGAGCAUGGCUUCACGUUGACGCUGCCUACGCUGGCAAUGCAUUCAUCUGUCCGGAAUUCAAAUAUUUGAUGGAGGGAAUCGAAUACGCCACGUCAUUCAAUACCAAUCCGAACAAAUGGCUUCUGACCAAUUUUGAUUGUUCCACCAUGUGGGUAAAAGAUCGUUUUAAGUUGACGCAGGCCAUGGUCGUCGAUCCGCUAUAUUUACAGCAUAGCCAUUCGGACAAAGCUAUAGAUUACAGGCACUGGGGUAUUCCAUUGAGCCGUCGAUUCCGUGCCCUUAAGCUGUGGUUUGUCAUCCGCAAUUACGGCGUGGAAGGAUUGCAAAAUUAUAUUCGCCAGCAUUGUCGCCUAGCCAAACGUUUCGAACUCUUAGUCAAAGCUGAUGAGCGCUUCGAAGUUUGUAACAAUGUUCGGAUGGGAUUGGUGUGCUUUCGAGUCAAGGGUGAAGAUCAACUUAACCGAAAGCUGUUGUCUAAAAUCAAUGCUUCCGGCAAAUUGCACAUGGUACCAGCAUGCAUUCACGGCCGAUUCGUCAUUCGGUUCUGCGUUUGUGCUCAGGACGCCAAAGAUUCUGACAUUGAAUACGCAUGGAAAGUUAUCAGUGACUUUGCCACGGAAUUGCUAGAUGACGAGUCCGUUGAUGAAAAAUCUCAAAUUAAAUUGACUAAUGAAGAAGCCAAUGACGAGGAAUUCGUUCAGCAUGUGGGAAAUUUGGAAAUUUCAGAGCUGAUUGAUUUGAUGGAAAAAGUGCAAUUUCCUAUGCAAAAGAAUCACAGUAAACCUGGUAGUUGGUUCAAACAACUGGGAACGAGAGUCAGAAGAAUGGUGAAGAAUUCCAAUCCUCAUUAAGUAAAUGUGCUUAGUAUUAUCGUGAAAUUUCAACUAGUGUACACACGCUCACGUUCAUCUCAUCAAUCGAAACAUCAUCUAGUGAAAAUGCGUUUUUUCAGACAGGUGUGAUGAAACGCAAACAAUUUUUACUUCCGUAGUAAAAAUAUCCCCUGGUUUUGACAUUGGUGUUUUUCUUUAAAAAUAGAAAAUCUUUUCAAUGCGACCUAAAUAUUCAUGAAAAACCAGGAAAUGUGAAAGUCUUCCUUUUCUUGUAAAGAAUAGAAAUUCUGGAAAGACAAUAAAAUGUUUAUGCUUAAA